CGUUCUUUCCCUCACGGUUUCUGGUGAGUUUGGCACCCCUCCAUUGGCGAGAGAACCGCUUUUGUUCCCGAGGAGGGGGUGUAGACAGGAGGACAAAAAAAGAAAGGGGGGGGGGGGGGGGAGCGCUACAGUCCAGUUGCCCCCGCGGAGGCCCCAGGAGAGGCGGCGAAACGAGUGAGGGAGCCACGCCGGGAAGGAGCACCUCGUUUGCGGGCGGGGAUGUUGCGGGACACCCGGCGAGGGAGAGACGGCAGACGGGCUUGUCUGCUGCGACGAUGGUGAAGGCGAAGCCCGCAUACGCCUCGAAAAUGACGCGCUUCACCAUUUAAGCCGAACCGCCAUAAAUCAAAACCGGUCCGGUGAGACGAGCGGUAUACCCUACCUGACCUUGCCCGGCCCCCCCUGGCAGCCACACUCCGCGUCGCGCGUGUGCGGCAUGAGGCGGCUGCUCCGCUUCGGCGCUCCUCUCUUUUAAGGGCGACAGGCAGUCGGCGAGGAGAGGUGAAGGUGAGGGAGGAUGUUGAUGCGGUGCUACCGGGCCAAGCUGUCGGCGUGGGCCGCCGUGUGCGUGCUGGUGCUGUGCUGGUUCUACGUGUUCCCUGUGUACCGGGUGCCACGGGACGAGGACAUCGUGGAAGAGGUGCUGAGGCAGCAGGGCCACGCGUGGAAGAGGAACCAGACUGGAAUCGACCUUUACAGGAAGCUGCUGAGCGACUGCUGCGACCCCCAGCGUCUGUUCGCACUGACCAAGGAGAAUGCGCCAGUGGGCAAGGUGCUGUGGUACGACGGCGAGUUGUACCACUCGCACACGGUCAACAAUGAGACCCACUCGCUGUUGGUGCAGGCCGACCGUCUGCCGCUCCCCCUCAAGAAGUGCGCUGUGGUGGGCAACGGCGGUAUCCUCAGGCACAGCCAGUGCGGCCGCGACAUCGACCAGGCCAAUUUUGUCAUGAGGUGUAACCUCCCGCCGCUGUCCAGGGAAUACGUGGAAGACGUUGGCACCAAAACACACCUGGUGACAGCCAACCCCAGCAUCAUUGAGAAGAGAUUCCAGAACCUGCUGUGGUCCCGAAAGCCCUUCGUGGACAGCAUGAAGACAUACGGCUCCAGCUUCUUGUACAUGCCCGCGUUCUCCAUGCGUCCCGGCACCGACCCAUCCCUGCGUGCCUCCUACGCGCUGGCCGACUCCUCGUCCAACCUCACCAUGCUCUUUGCCAACCCCGUCUUCCUGCGCAGCGUGGGCCAGUUCUGGAGGGCGCGCGGCGUCCACGCCCGCCGCCUCUCCACGGGCCUCUUCAUAGUCAGCCUGGCGCUGGGCGUGUGCGACGAGGUAAGCGUCUACGGCUUUUGGCCCUUCUCCUCGGACCUGGCCGAGCGGCCCAUCAGCCACCACUACUACGACAACAUGCCGCCCUUCCGCUGGUUCCAUGCCAUGCCCGAGGAGUUCGUGCAGCUGUGGGAGCUGCACAAGAGCGGCACCCUGCGCGUGAAUCUGGGACGCUGCAGUUAAGUGGCUCCGCUCCCUACGUCAAAUGUUCACGCUGCUUCCUUGGGACCAGCGAGAGAAGGCGAGGAGGAGGAGGCGCUUCGGGAAUCGCGAACACCCCGGAUGACUGUUGGGGUGAGGCGUGUGGGUGGCGUGAAAACUUGAACCGCAUGGAAGGAUUUUCCCUGCCUGGCAGCGAGGUGGCCUAUCGACAGACGUUUGAGCAUUUAUUCAAUAGCCUACACUGAAAAAAAGUACUUCAUUUUUGGUUGACACAAACACACAAUUAAAAUGUGGUAAACGGACGUAAAUUUCCCCUGUUUUCCUCGAAAAUAAAUUAUAUACUGUAUGUUAGUUUAACACUUUUCAAUAAUGUGCAACCGAUGAACAUGAUCAAAUUAAUUACUAGUACGCCCAUGUAAGACAGUUCAGUACACUCGUAGAAUGAAUAUCCCUUACUCGGGACCCUUUUUUACUCCUGUGUGACAUUUCUUCACAUCUUUACAGUGACUUUUUUCCACUUCCACUAGUGACAUUUUUUUCGGGCCAUUACCGGCCUAAUUUGAAGGUGUUGGGUACAUAUAUUAGGCAAAAAAAAAUAUCUGGCAUGAAGUCCUCCUUGCCACUAGUUGGCGCUACGCUGCGGCAGUUGGACACAUCGGCAAAUGUGCGUAAUGUGAGUCAAAUGGAAAGAAAGGUCUUUGUCCAAAACUAUCUGUCCACCAGAUUUUGUAAUGUCACUCUCGUACUCGUAGCAAGCAGUUGUCAACUAGUGCACUAAUCACAUGUUGUUUUACUACCGCACGCUGGUCACUCUACUAGUGUGCAGAAAUGUCACACAAUAGUGGAAAAAAAGCUACAAGUAAGAGAGUUGUUCUACUUACUAAUGUGCUUAAUUGUCUUACUAGUGAGGACGAAGAGUGUACUUGUACAUGGACAAUUGCAUGUACUCGUAGAAUAUUGAAUGAAUUGUUUGUCUACAUGUACGCUGUGUAACAAGCCCUAUAGAAAACUGUUUUUUCCCUGCAAUUAUUGUUUGGUUUUGCCCAGGUGCCAUAUUUAUUGGCUUUAUGCGGGACCAUUAGACAAUCAAAAGAAAAAUGGGGAAAUGUGCUGUCGUUCUUGCUCAGGGUCCAUGACGACGCACCACUUCCGCGCACACGGCGAAGACUUUUAACCACAAGCAGUGUUCGUUUCUGUUUCAUGUAUAAAUUACACAUUCAUUUAAUGCACUUUUAUUUUUCACUACUGCAUUUUUUUUUUUUUUUUAAAUACAAAUGGGAUUUUGUGCACAAGAGCCAAAUAAAGGUGUCAGAGUAGCAUGCAGAUAGAAGAGUGCACUUGAUAGAACUGCUGAUUUGUUGUUUGUUUUUGUACAAGAUUGUGCCAUACUCUCAAACAGUAAGUUUUCCUUUAUCAUAUCUUGGUCAAGAGGAAGGUUGAGUGCCUUUUUUUAUUCGAUGUGAAUGAAUUCAAGCAUCCUUUGAAGGUUUCUGGGUGCUGUUUAUCAGCCUGAUGAUGUGAUCUGUGUUAACUUACUAAAGCGGACAAAAUGUAAAAGUACCUGAAACCUAGUGGCAUCAUGUGACUUGCUGCAUUGGUUAAUGAAGCAGUUUUUUUUUCUUCUAAUAUGUAUUCAUUCCAUCUUAUUUGUUACUGAGAGGACUGUUUAGAUUUGAAGGAAAAUAAGAUGUGAUUUUCCGCUUUGUAUAUAGAAUAAAGUUUCAUUUUGUAGCUGA